CAUACGGACUCUGGCAUGUGGCUUCUCUGAUUGAUCCACCGACAGGCACCGAUGCGAUGAUGUGAGUUUGAGUUUGGAAAGAAAGAGUAUAGUGUAGUUAGUCUCCGACAUUCGGCAUGCCCAUCUCCGAAGCCGAAUCCUCCUCCUCCGCCCUCCUCGUUGACUACAAAGGCCACCCUGUCCACCGCUCCAAGUCCGGCGGUUGGCGAUCCGCUUUUUUUAUCAUAGGUGUGGAAUUGGCAGAGAGGUUUGCGUAUUAUGGUAUAAGCUCUAACCUCAUAAGCUACCUAACGGGGCCAAUGGGUCAAUCGAAGGCCACGGCGGCGGAGAACGCGAAUACAUGGAACGGUGUGGCGUCGCUUUUGCCGCUGUUAGGAGCGUUCAUAGCUGAUUCAUUUCUCGGUCGAUAUCGCACCAUUUUGAUUGCUUCUCUGCUCUACAUCCUGGGACUUGGCUUGUUGUCUCUUUCUGCUAUGCUUCCUUCUCUCAGCUCUCCCGAGUGUCGAAAUGGUGCAAACAUCAUGUCCUGUUCCCCUCCUCAAUUCCAAGUUAUACUAUUCUUCUUCUCACUGUAUCUAAUAGCAUUUGCCCAAGGAGGUCACAAGCCUUGUGUUCAGGCUUUUGGAGCUGACCAGUUUGAUGGGAAAGAUUCGGAAGAGUUGAAAGCCAGAAGCUCAUUCUUCAAUUGGUGGUACCUUGGUUUGUGUGGAGGUCCUACAGCAGCAUUCUUGUUCUUGAACUACAUCCAGGACAACAUUAAUUGGGGUCUUGGUUUUGGAAUCCCAUGCAUUUCCAUGGUGGUGGCACUGGUCAUAUUCUUGAUUGGAACUAGAACUUAUAGGUAUUCCAUCAAAGGACACAACAACAAUACUUUUUUUAGAAUUGCUAAGGUAUUUGCUACUGCAGCAAAGAAUUGGCGAACCAGUUCUUCAGUGAUACUGGUUGAACAUGAAGCUGAAGGAACCCUGUGUCACUCUCAGCAAUUCAAGUUUCUUUACAAAGCCUUGCUUGCACCAACGGAUUCAGAGGAAGGAGGAGGAGUGUGCAGGAUCAGCGAUGUCGAAGAUGCAAAGGCACUUCUAAGGCUGGUUCCAAUAUGGGUUACAUGUUUUGUAUAUGCUAUUGUAUUUGCACAGUCCUCCACUUUCUUUACUGAGCAAGGAAAAACUAUAGACAGAUCAAUUCGGCAAGGCUUUGAUAUCCCAGCUGCUUCUCUUCAGUUGUUUAUCGGGGUUUCCAUCAUUUUCUUAAUUCCCAUCUAUGAUCGCAUUUUUGUACCUCUUGCAAGGGCUGUAACCGGGAAGCCCUCAGGCAUAACAAUGCUUCAAAGAAUUGGAACGGGCAUGUUUGUAUCUAUUAUUUGCAUGGUAGUUGCUGCUCUAGUUGAGAUGAAAAGGCUUGGAAUUGCUUUGGAGUUUGGGCUUGUUGAUGUGCCGGAGGCAACUGUUCCUAUGAGCUUCUGGUGGUUGGUUCCUCAGUACCUAUUGCUUGGAAUUGCUGAUGUGUUCACCAUAGUUGGCAUGCAGGAGUUUUUCUAUGAUCAGGUGCCAAGUGAAUUGAAGAGUUUAGGUCUCUCUCUAUACCUUAGUAUAAUUGGCAUUGGGAGUUUCUUGAGCAGCUUUCUCAUCUCUGUCCUUGAGAAAACUACCGGUGGAGAGGGACAAGUUUGUUGGUUUGAUGAUAACUUGAAUCGUGCACAUCUGGAUUACUUCUAUUUUCUGCUUGCUGGACUUAGUACACUUGGAUUAGUAGCAUAUAUAUAUUUUGCAAAAUAUUAUAUUUACAAUUGAGGAUGUUUAAAAUUGUUGCUGUAACUAUGACAAUUAUAAGGAAUGGUCAGUUUGAAAAAAACUUGUGAGUACCGUAUUGGUAAUCCAUUUCCUAUAACAUUUUUUCC